UAAACCCUUUUCAAAACCCAAUUGUUCGAUUUUUGCUCUCUUCAUCAAGAUGGCUUUGGGGCGAUUGCAGAAAAUUCGAAAUCUAUAUGGAACGUUUGAAGUUGGAAAAUUUUCUUCCCUGUUUGGAAGCUCAACAAGCUAUUCAGAUGUUAUUGUGAAAGAUCUGAAGUACUGGAGAGAAUCUUCUUUCUUAUACAAGGGUCACAACUCUGUUCCUUGGAAUAAUGGAAUUCCUGAAAUUAAUUAUCGGAGCAUUUCUUCUUGCUUAUACAAGUGCAACCAUGGUCUUCCUUGGACUUCUACAAAUACAAAGGCACUUCGCUCUACGAUGGCUGCUGAGUCAUAUGUUUCCAUGGGUGACAUAAGGUUGGUAACAACGCAAGCAAAAGCCCCUCCUCAAGCACGGCAGAUGGGAUCAUUCAAAGUGUCCAUGUCAAGUCCUGGAAUCAUCUAUGAGCCGUACAUGCCUCGUGAACCAAUUUCUUUCUGGCGGAGAUGGUUCACGAGGAGCGGUUGGAGAAGAACAAAGGAGGAUAUUAUUUUAGAGCUCAAAAGUGCUUAUGCAAUUAAUAAACUACGGAAAUCUGGAUAUUCAAAGCAGAAGUUCUACAAAGAAGCCUUGAAUUUAUACAAAGAGAUAAACACCCAAAUUUCAAAUGGAGACAAAACAUCAUUGAGGAAAACAGUUACAGAAAAAAUGUACUCUGGCCUCAAGAAUGAAAUUAAACAAAGGGAAUCCAUGUGGAGUGCGGUUUACUGGGAACUGGUAGAACCAGUUGUGAAAAUAAGAACUCUACGAGCUCGACUGAUCGGCGUUGAUCAGAAUGACCUCAACAAAACGUUUAUACAGCUUACACUUGAGUUUCUGACAAAGCAGGAUUUUUAUAUACGUAUCGGUGCUGUGUAUUCACUGGAUUGUCAUUGAAGUUUGACCAGCUAAGCUUUAUCUUCUUCCUGUGUAUUUUUAAUUUCAUGCACUAAAUUAUUUUAUUGUGUUCCAUUCAUUGUUUAUUAUUAUUUUUUAUGCUUGGCAUUCUGUGUGACUAGUCUGAUUCAGCUUCAGUUAAUUAUUAAAAGGAGCAAAUUCUUCGUUAGCCACAAGAUUAUGAGAAAGCACUUGUGUUAUGUCCUUUUUAUUAUAUCGUCAGUGGUUUUUGGUGUGUGAAAGAGUUGAAAAGAAGUGGCAAUCAAAGGUUUUAAUGUUUGUAUUUAUUAGAAAACAAUUUAUACUGUCUUGUUGGAAAACGUAACAUAUAUUUCAUGUAGUAAAGCACUUGUGUUAUGUUCAUUUUAUUUUAUCAUCAGUGAUUUUUUUGGUUGAGUGUAUUUAGGAUUGUUCAUAAGUGGCUUUUGGAAGUCCCAUGAACACAGCUGUCUCUCCUCUUUCCUCUUUGAGGAUUGUAAUAAUUCUGUUGUUCAUUACAUACAUACUUAACUGUUUUUUUUAAAUUGGCAUCAUCAUGUUAGAUUAUUUGGU